CCUUCCUCACUAUCCUUUUUUUCACUUUCUUUACGAAUAUAAACUUAAGUAUUAGUGUAAGCGCUCACUAAUUAAUCACUAAUUUUCAGAAGAACGAUGCAGAAAAUUAUAGUUUCCCUGGAUUUACACGACGACAGAUGCAAACAGAAGGCUAUGAAAUCAGUUUCUGGACUUUCAGGGGUUGAUUCAGUAUCAGUAGAUAUGAAAGACAAGAAGUUAACAGUAAUUGGAGAUGUUGAUGCAAUCCUCAUUGUGAGCAAACUAAGAAGACAUUGUCAUACAACUAUAGUUUCAGUUGGUCCAGCAAAAGAACCAGAAAAGAAGAAAGAAGAAGCUACUAAUCAAAUAGUUGAUCUUGCUUAUGCUUACAGAGCCUAUAAUCCUCAUCUGAACACACAUUAUUACCAGAAUAUUGAAGAAAAUCCUAAUGCUUGUGUUAUUUGUUAAUUUUAUCUUUAAUCUAAAUAGGAUAAUUGUAGUUUCUAAAUUGGUUUAUUUUAUGAUUUAAAAUCUCGGGUUUAUGCAUCUGAUAUAUAUGGAAAAGUUUACGAGUGCAAAGCAUCCCACCUGAGCCUGGAAAUAAAAUGGCAUCAGUAACUGGAAUACCGGU